UUUAAUUUGUCAUGAAUUAUUUGAGGGAAAACAUUAGCCGGACACAUUUAGUGUAACACCGAGGAUUAAUGGCUGCAGUGUGUGUAGGAACCUAUCUCAUUGUUUACAAUUUGAAUUGCUAUGUUUCGGGUCCUUUGAGUCUGUCAGUGGAAAAAGUCUUUCCUAUACGUUUUGCUAUUAGGGAAUAUAGACAAACAAACGUGACAGAACCGUGGCAGUAGAGUGCAGAGGCGAGUAGCGGUGAACUAGCCCGGUGUGCUAACGCUCCCUGCUCCAACUGCAUUGUGUCGCCCUCUGAAUCCGGGAUGGAGAGGUAGCCUUCGAGAAGUACUAGGCUUCUGUACUCGGGUUUUAAAGGACGACGGAAUGAAUGUCAAGGCGUGAGCUGGUCGGCCUUGACCAAGUGUCUUGUAAAGAAAGCGCCGGUGUGUACGAUGUUUAAAGUACCGCAGAGUUCCAAGUCUGAAUUCCUGGACAAAGCCAGGCAGGCCAGAGAGGAAAGGAAGGGACUCAAGGAAAAGGAAAAAGCCGCAACCCACAUUCAAGCCUUGGUGAGAAGGUUCUUAUGUCGGUGCAGACUCCAGCAUCAAUUCAGGAAAGAGGUUGAUGACUUCUUUCAAACCCAUGAAACUGGAAUGUCCAAAAGAAAUGCACUUUCAAUAUUCAAAAUUGCUCGCAAAUUGUUAUUCAUUUAUCAUCCAGAGGAUAAACUGAGGUUUGAGAAACUGUGCCGUGCGAUCCUAGCCAGUAUGGAUGUUGAAAAUGAACCUAAAAUCUGGUAUGUAUCACUGGCUCUCUCCAAAGACCUCACGAUUCCCUGGCUGAAGCAGAUUAAGGAUGUGUUAUGGAUCUGCUGUCAGUUGCUUAAAAAGUUAAAGCCGGACAUUCUUCAGGACAACAAGUUGGUUACUUUGUACCUCACCAUGCUGGUUACCUUUACUGACACAUCAACAUGGCGCAUAGUCAAAGGGAAGGGAGAAGCCCUAAGGCCAGCUUUAAUGAGGAUAUGUGAGAAUAUCAUGGGCUAUCUCAACCAAAAAGGAUUUUAUUCAGUGCUCCAGAUCCUGUUGACUAAUGGCCUGGCUCGCUCUAAACCCUCUCUCUCAAAGGGCACACUAACAGCUAUCUUCACUUUGUCGCUAAGGCCUGUUAUUGCCGCUCACUUCUCUGACAACUUGCUGAGGUCAUUCCUUAUUCACAUCAUGUCAGUGCCAGCAAUUGUCUCCCAUCUCAAUGUGCUCACUCCUGAGUGUAUGACGUCAAUCCAGACACAUGAGCUUUUGCGAAAGUUCAUCCUGUUUCUCAGUCAUGAAGAACAGUGUUCGGACAUUUGUGUGUGUCUUGAGGGAAGCCACACGCUGUGCUUACUAGGAAAUCUAAUUCACUUGGGCUUCCUGAACGAAAAAGUCUUGGAAGAGGAGACAAAUCAUUUUGUGCGGGACCUUACUGACAUGUUGUGUUACUGCCAGAGAUAUGUAUCUCAGAAGAAGUCCAACCUCACCCACUGGCAUCCUGUUCUGGGCUGGUUCUCCCAGACUGUUGACUAUGGUUUAAAUGAGUCGAUGCCCCUGGUGACUAAACAGCUUCAGUAUCUGUGGGGGGUUUCCAUCAUCCGGACACUCUUCAAUGACGUCCUUGCUAAAAAGCUGGAGAGCCAGGAUCCCACCCUCUCACCCCCACAACCCAGCACAUCUCAGAACAAUCUACCAGUUAAAAGUCUCUUCAAGCGAGCCUUUCAGAAGUCUGCUUCUGUGCGAAACAUCCUGAAGCCAGUCGGUGGGAAGCGAGUGGACUCGGCUGAAGUCCAAAAAGUGUGCAGCAUCUGCGUGCUCUAUCAGACCGCUCUGUCUACAUUAACGCAAAUCCGGCUUCAGAUUCUCACAGGUCUAACACAUCUUGAUGACCUCCUGCCCAAACUGUGGGCCUUCAUCUGCGAGCUGGGGCCUCAGGGAGGCCUCAAGCUUUUCAUGGAAUGCCUCAACAAUGACACCGAAGAGUCCAAGCAGCUUCUGUCCAUGUUGAUGCUCUUCUGCGACUGUUCACGGCACCUCAUCACAAUUCUGGACGACAUUGAAGUCUACGAAGAACAAACGUCGUUCAAAAUCGAAGAACUCCUCACCAUCUCAUCAUUCCUCAACACUUUUGUGUACAAGAUGAUUUGGGAUGGAAUUUUAGAGACAGCAAAAGGAGAGAAGCUGGAGCUCUUCCACAGUGUCCAUGGAUGGCUGAUGGUGCUUUAUGAACGAGAUUGCAGGCGCAGAUUCACCCCUGACGACCACUGGUUACGAAAGGAUUUGAAGCCGAGCUUGUUGUUCCAAGAGCUGGAGAAAGGCAAGAAAAGAGCUCAGCUGCUGCUUCAGUACAUCCCUCAUGUCAUUCCACACAAAAACAGGGUACUGCUGUUCAGGAACAUCGUCACGAAGGAGAAAGAGAAUCUUGGCUUGGUGGAAACCAGCUCCGCCUCCCCACACGUCACCCACAUCACAAUCCGCCGCUCACGCAUGUUGGAGGACGGUUACGAUCAGCUCCGGCGCCUACCCGUCAAUUCCAUCAAGGGAGUCAUCCGUGUGAAGUUUGUGAACGACUUAGGAGUGGACGAGGCCGGCAUCGAUCAGGACGGCGUUUUCAAAGAGUUUCUGGAAGAGAUCAUUAAGAAAGUGUUCAACCCUGCACUCAACUUGUUCAAGACCACGAGUGGAAACGAGAGGCUGUACCCAUCCCCCACGUCUUACAUCCAUGAGAAUCAUCUGCAGCUUUUUGAGUUUGUGGGGAAGAUGCUGGGCAAAGCCAUUUACGAGGGGAUCGUGGUGGACGUUCCGUUUGCCUCCUUUUUCCUCAGUCAAGUUUUGGGUCACCACCACAGCACCUUCUACAGCUCCAUCGAUGAGCUGCCCUCGCUGGACUCUGAGUUUUACAAGAACCUCACUUCUAUUAAGCGCUAUGAAGGUGACGUCAGUGACUUGGGGUUGACGUUGUCGUAUGAUGAAGACGUCAUGGGUCAGCUUGUUUGUCACGAGUUGAUACCUGGAGGGAAAACAAUGCCAGUCACUAAUGAAAACAAGAUCAGCUACAUCCACCUGAUGGCGCACUUCAGGAUGCACACCCAGAUUAAGGAGCAAACUGCUGCGUUUAUCCGAGGCUUUCGCAGCAUCAUUAACCCGGAGUGGCUGCACAUGUUCUCCACACCGGAAGUUCAGCGUCUGGUCUCAGGAGAUAACGCUGAGAUCGACCUGGAUGAUCUCAAGAAACACACAGUGUACUACGGAGGUUUUCACAGCAGUCACCGCGUGAUCAUCUGGCUGUGGGACAUCCUGUCCAGCGACUUCAACGCUGAAGAGAGAGCCAUGUUUCUUAAAUUUGUUACUAGCUGCUCCCGACCUCCUCUUUUAGGAUUUGCCUACCUCAAACCCCCGUUUUCUAUCCGCUGUGUGGAAGUGUCAGACGAUCAGGACACCGGAGACACCCUGGGCAGCGUCCUCCGCGGCUUCUUCACCAUCCGCAAGAAGGAGCCGGGCGGACGCCUUCCCACCUCAUCCACGUGUUUCAAUCUGCUCAAACUGCCCAACUACAGCAAAAAGAGCAUCCUGCGUGACAAGCUGCGAUAUGCCAUCAGCAUGAACACUGGCUUCGAGCUCUCCUAAGAUGUGCCCCGGAGGGCUGCUUUCCACCAGGAAAACCCCGACAGGGGGCGCUGCCGAGCGAUGCUGGAGAGACUCCACAAACACUGGAGAUGUUUGCCGCAUCGAAUAAGAUGCUGACGCAGCACAAUCUUAUUUUUAUCGACACGCCGUUGUUUAACUUAAUCGAUGUAUAGUUGCUUCGUCUCUGUUCCUCAGGCAAAACAAACUCUUUGUGGAACCUAACACUCCCUGAACAACAGCUGAACUGGAAAGCAAUACCGAAGCGAUGCAAGCCAUUCGGCAUUGUUCAUGUACUUGUGCGGCUGCUUGCCAUCUCGCCUGAUGCUCCAAAUGAAAGACAAAUCAAAGGUUUCUGUUCCCACUCCAUGAAGGACAACCUGUGUCGCUGAGGUUCCCGGCCUCAGAUGUUUUUUUUUCUUUGUGGUCGUGUAUGUGUAAGAGUCUAAGAGCUGCCUCAGUUGUAGUGAAGCGGCAGGCUUACCUGACACUAAACGAUGUCAAUACUGACUCUUGUUUUACCUUUAACAUCAAGUAACUGGAGGUAGUGUUCCUGCACAGUAGAGAGGACCUGUCUGCUUGAUCUCUACUUUUAAAAACGAGGACUCGCUGAUGCUAGUGCUCCUGCUUUGCACCGGUGAAGCUGCCUCGGGACACAUUUCAAUAACCCUGAGUGCCUCAUGUGCCCCUCCUCAUCACGUUUCUGACUACAAUAACCACACGUUUGGAAACAAGCCAUAGAGUUGAGCUGGACUUCUGCUCUGUGCGUCGACCGCAAAGACGGCACCGAACACUGUUAUUCCACUACAUCCACCGGAAGAUUUACGAUGAUGUUCUCCAAACUCUGCAGACUCUCUGGAAGCCAAUGCUAGGAUGGAUUUCAAGGUCUAAGAAGCCUCAACCUGAUGUCACUGGACUGGUUGGGAACCAAAUAUGAUUUGUGUUGCACAUGUUUCUCUAUGGUGGUUGAGGAAGAAGAGAAGAGUGUGAAAUAUUGCCUUUGUUAGCCUCAAUAUGUUCUUACAGGGUUCAAUUCAUAAUGCAGUCAGCUGGAUUUAAAACUUUGGCUUGAGAAAGUGACAGGUGGGAGCCAGUUAACCUGCUAACUUAACUGGUAAAGUAACUUUAAAGCCAGAACGAAACACUUUUAAUGCAGUCGAGGAAACACACCUGUAGUUCAGUGUUUAAAAGAUGUGAUAGCAGAAAGUAUUUUAAAAAAGGUUAUGCAAAAAAAAGUCAUUUUAGUGUUGCUUACUUUAGCAGAAUGUUAUUAUUGACCUGUUUCUAAUGAGUAAUAUAUGUGAAACCAACAAAAAUGAAAUGCAACUUUGCGUGUAAAUCGAAGUGUAGUCUACUAAUUAAAAAAAAAGGAAUCUUUCACUGGGGCUUUAAUUUCUUAGAUGGAAGCCGAUUGGUGUAUGUUGAAAGGUGCCUCACCAAAACCCAUCACUCUGUUAUGAUGUCAACAGUCGGCUUGGUUGCUUUGUCUGAAUCACCUUCAGCAAGUCAAAGCACUCAGAAAUGAAAUUGAGCUGUUGUCACCUGCGGAAUCUCCUUUUUUAAAUCGUCUUUCUAAAAUAAUCUGUGUACGAUCCUUCAGCCCUGUAACGUUGAAUCACUAUAUUAAAAAAAAAAAAAAACAUUCG